AUGCGAUGUUUUGAUUUGCCAUGUCAAAUAUUUUUUAUCGAUGAAUAUGAUAAUGAUGCUCGCUCCACACAUCGAUGUUGUGGUGGUACUGUUCAUAUUAAAAUGGCAACAUUAUACGUGGCAACAUCAGCACUAAUACUAUGUGCUUUCAAUACGGCUAGCGUCUAUUUUGGCGUAUAUUCCGUGAAUUUUACGCUUGAUAUUACGUUAACUGUAAUCAAUGCAAUUACCGCCACAAUGAUUUUUUAUGCUUUAUAUUAUGAAAAAGCAAUAUUUCUAAUUCCAUUCAUUGUUACUUCCAUAGCUCAAUGUGCAGGUUUUCUUCUUUUGGCUAUUUAUACAUUAUAUUAUACAAUAACAUAUAGAAAACAAACAUUUAAUAGGAAAUUUGAUCAAGUACUAAUGACUAUUAGUAUAUUUCUUGGUGUAAUAAUUUCCACAUGGUCAUGGAUUGUUGCAGCUAAAUGCUAUAAAUAUUUGAAGCAACAAAUUACUAAUUUCAAUGAAACAGCAAAAGAACGUUGUCUUUGGCGGUGA